UCACAAGAGCAAAAGUGUUCAGUGAAAGUGGAAGUGCAUGAGGCCUUGGUUCUGCUUAUCCUGAUAGAGGAGGGUUUUGCAUUGGCUCAGAAAACUCAAGCUUUGCCUCAGAAUGUGGCUGUUGAGGAUAAGAAACCCGCUCACUGUGGAACUUUGAUCCAGACGGCAAAUGGAGGAUCAUUCAGUUCACCAAACUACCCCAACACUUACCCGCCAAACAAGGAGUGCGUGUACAUACUGGAGGCCCAUCCACGGAAGAGAAUACAACUUGUCUUCGGUGACAUCUACUACAUCGAGCCGUCCUUUGAGUGCCGCUUUGAUAACAUUGAAAUCCGUGAUGGGCCGUUUGUUUUCUCUCCGUUGAUUAAUCGGUACUGUGGGGCAAAGAGUCCAGGAAUUGUCACCUCCUCCGGACGCUUCAUGUGGAUCAGGUUUAUCAGUGAUGAGGAGCUGGAGGGACUGGGCUUCAGGGUGGAGUAUUCAUAUACUGCAGAUCCUGACUUUCAUCUCCAUAUUGGGGGACUCUUGAAUCCCAUUCCAGACUGCCAGUUUGAAAUGUCUGGAUCAGAUGGUAUAAUCAGAUCUAGUCAAGUUGAGGAGGAAAAUAAGGUGAAAUCAGGGGAAGCACUGGAUUGUAUUUGGACCAUACGAGCUCCACCGAUGUCUAAGAUCUAUCUCCGCUUUCUGGAAUAUCAGUUGGAGAACUCAAAUGAGUGUAAGAAGAACUUUGUUGCAAUCUAUGAAGGCAGUAAUGCCAUUGAAGAUCUAAAGGCCAAGUUCUGCAGCACCGUUGCCAACGACAUCACGCUUGACAACGCUGUGGGUGUGGUCAGAAUGUGGGCAGACGAGACCAGCAAACUGAGCCGCUUCCGUAUGCUCUUCACGGUCUUUGCUGAACCUCGAUGUUUGGCCAACACAUUCUUCUGUCACAGCAACAUGUGCAUCAACAACACUCUGGUUUGUAAUGGUGUUCAAAAUUGUGUGUUUCCCUGGGAUGAGAACAACUGUAAAGAAAAGAAGUCUAAAAGUUUCUUCCAACAGAUGAGUAAAACUCAUAGCACUGUGAUUGGAGUGGCGUCUGGUGUGGUCUUGCUUCUUCUCAUCAUAUCUGUAUUUAUACAGAUGAAGCAGCCAAGAAAAAAGGUUUUGAGCCGUAAAGGUUUGCUCAGCGCUGCAGAGAUGCAGGAGGUGCUGGAGCCUCCUCAGUACGAGCUGUUCUCCAUGCAGGAAGCGGAGCUGCCGGAGGAGCUGUCGGAGGAGCUGGAGAGUCUGCAGAAACUCCGCCGCUCCUCCAGCGUGUCCCGUUGCGUCCACAAGCAUCACUGUGGUGCUCCGAGCAGCGCUGCCUCCAUUGUCAUGGCAAGCAGAGUGCAUCGUCUCUUGCAGGCGUCUGAUGAGAUGAGUACGGUUGUUGGGGCCAGAGGCUGGGGCAGUUUCCACGGACGCAGGAGCAGCUCACACUCGCACCCUUUCACGCACGACCCACGCGCUCACGCUUACAGUGCGCAGAGUCUGCGAGAGGCACUGGACGAUGAGGAGCUGGGGUUGGAGGGACAGGUGAUGGAGGAGAUCACCUACAAUGAUUUUAUCACCCGUGGACGCAACAUCGUGAUGGUACGUAACCAUGCCAACCCUGUCCAACAGCGCUCCCUCUCUAUGGACUUCUGAGAGGAGCGGAAGUCAUGUGAAAAAAUUUAAUAAUAUAAUUCAUAGCUGUAAAUGUUCACAUUUGCCCACACCUUUUUUUUUUUGCUAUUUUAUUUCAACGUUUUUCUUAUCAUUCUCAGUACCUCCUUUGCCCUUCCUAUACUUGAUUUCAAGCCAAGUCCAGUAUUUUUUAUUGGUGUUAUUCUCAUUUCUCAAAACCAUAUUAUAUAAAAUAGAGAUGUAGGUCAGGACUUUUAUCACACCUGCCAGUGGUGGGUGAAUUGGUGGUAAAUAUCUCUUACUGGUCAUGAGAUGGUAUUUUGGAUUAUUUUUUGCUUAUUACAUUUUUUUCUCAUGAUUCCUUAGCCAUUAGUCCAU